AUGAUAAUGGCGGUAUUCCUGAAAUACUACAUCGUAUUAUUAGGAAAUACUUCAGGAAAUUCUCCGGAAGGUAUCGCUCGCCUUUAUAUCAUCGCAAAACAAAUGGCUGCCGAAGCUGAGAAAGGUCAAAUGCCAACGGCAAGCGAUGGAAGCGGUCUAAAGGUCAUCACAGCUGGUGGUAGCGAACUUCCACCAGUUGUAGAUGAAACGACUCGACCACCAUUUAACGAUACUACACAAUUUAACGGUAUUGAUGUUAGCGAAGUAAUGGAAUUACGUAUUGUAAAACCACUCUGUAAUUCUUAG